AUGACGCCACAACCCCGGGAAUUGAAGUUUUUCCUCCUCAAGAGGCGUCUGCCAGCAUCUGAGAGCGCAACCGUCCUCGGCCAGAUCGUCAAAGACUUCCUCAACCCCACGUCCGACUACACGCCGCUCUCCCCGGAAGAGGCACUCACGCCCGGCGUCUGGAGCAGCUUCUUGCUUGAAGAGCAAACCGACCACAACGCGCACAUCACCGCCGCCUCCUCGAAGGACCACUCGUUCUGGACAAGGGUCACGGCCGUGGUGUCCGUCACCGCUCACAACGCCCAGGACAGCUCGUCGGAGAUCACGUCUCCGAGCAUCGCCGUCCGAGGGCUGAAGCGAGAGUCGGCAUACCUCGCGGCGCUCAAGGGCGUGCCUGAGGUCCGCAGGGAGAUCCUCCGUCUUUGCCCCGUCGGGGGCAAGGCCUAUCUUGUCGUGGGCACGAUGAGCUUCCAGACCGCCACGGUCAAGCGCGAGGGGAGCCGGGCGGCCGGGGCUGGCGUGUCGGCUACCGUGCCUGUUGGGGAGUUGGCGACCGCUGCCGCGGGGGCACCAGAUCUCGCGCAGUUUGCUCGGGCUGGGAACGGAUAUUAA